UACGCAAAUUCAAGCCUGUAUCUAACUUCACUUCAUAGAUGUUCGAUUUCUUGUAACUGCGUCGAGGCUUGAGGUUUCUGGAGAUUACACUUUUCGACAUGGCUUUGAGCGUCGCACUACCCAUAGUUGGAUUGGAGACGGAUAAUUUUAAUUCGUACAGCUCAUUCGGGCAUAUCAUAGACAUAGCGGGGCUUUCUCAAUCCCAGACGAGCCCAAGCCCAUCAGUCUCCAGCGAAUCUAGCGGCAUCGGCUCUCUGGGGUCGCUCAAGUCAGAGUCAGUGAACAGUGACUCCCUGCCGUCUAGUCCUCAGACGACCGAGAAGAAAAUAUUUGAGACAGUUGUGCAGCCACAACCUCGUCCCAAGGAAACGGUUGAAGAUAUCAAAAUUAAUUAUGCUGGUCGUGAUGUCCUCAACUUAAUGGCCAAUCUCACCGACCGUAGGUGGAGCUACCGUGCAACAGUACUGCCACCUAACAAUCCAGGCCUGUUCUUCGCCAACCGUUCACAGUAUCACCGACUGGGGCCGUAUGCUGCUAGUACACAGUAUGUAAAAGACACUUGCCGUGACUGCGGUUUCACAUGGGUGGUAGCUGCCACAGAUUGACGUGACUAUGCGUCAAUGUAAACAGAGAACAAAGUUGAGUGGGUAGACUGGGACACAUCAGGGUGCAUAUCAACUUCACUGUCACAUAAUAGUGGCUGUAAUGCCAUUGUUAGUUAUAAGCCAAUAACUAGUUUAUUUUUUUAUGUAUUAUUGAUGACUUGCCUUUUGGAAAGGUGAAUUUGUUAUUAACUAUAUUAAUUUGCUCAUUUAUUAUUAAAUUAUUUAUUAUAACUUAUGAAAUGUAAUUACAUUAUAAUUUGAGCAAUACUUGUAAAGUUCCUUGUGUGCUAAUGUUGUUGGCUUUGUGACAAUUUCCUAUUUAUUGUGUAGACUUGAUUGACUCCCUUUUGUGGCUCAGUCCUGUAAAUGACUGUGGAAUAUUUACGUACCUAUCGUCACGCGCAUUCCUAGAGUUAAAUUUUAAACGUGACUUAAUACUGUGAUCUUAAUUUAAACAAAGCAAUUUGACAAAUUCUGUGAAUCGAACGCGCGACGAUAUUUUUACUUUCGUUUUUAUUUUAACUUAUUUAUUUGUGUGAUAUUUUUAGGCUUAAUUAAUGCUAUGAACUUGCAUUGCCAUAAGAUUUGCAGAUUUAUUCCAAACCAGCAUUUCUAGGUCUUUCUUUAAAAGUUCAAACUGACAUGAAUCGAAUCAAAAUUAGUCUGAGUGCACACUUUUAACCCCAUCUUGCAAUAUUAAAAUAAGUUGACACAUUUAACGUAUGCUACUUAGUUCCUCUUAGAUAUGUUAAUAAUUUGUUAUCCAAAGAAUCUUAUUUGUUUAAUGUGCAUAUUAUAUUAACUAUAAAUUGUACACCAACACAAUUUAUACUGAUUAAUAUAAAUAUAAAAUACAAGGAUUGAGUGAGAUCAACCGGUGGAUUAUAAUAUGUCCAUGUAGUCUUAAAGCAAUAUUUAAAUUAUGGACAUUUACUUAUAUCAUAAUGAGUUAUAUACUUCCCACCAUUACGUGUAAUAGUUAUUAUUUAAAUAUUGUUUUAUUAUUAUAAUUCUUUAGUCUAGUAAUAUGAUUUAGCUAUAUUCCACAGUCAUACAAUCAAUAGGAUCGUUGUCGUUUUAACCAAAAGGCUGCUUCUCGGAUGUUAUUUAAAUUUACGAUUAUAACGAGAUAGGCACGAAUUUAAGCCAAGCUAUAGGUUAAUUUUAAGAUUUAAUUAUUGUUGGAUUUACCGUCCGAGCAUUACAUAAUAAUAGUGACGACCAUAUAAUUUAGAUAAUACUUUCUUGACAUAAUUAUCCUAUAAUAAAAUUCCUAUCGAAUUAAUGAAAUGGCUUAAAUGACUCAUUUCAUUGUAUGACGAGCCCAUGCAGAUCAUAGUCAAAAUGGGUUAUCGGUGCAUAUCAUCACAAAUUAUUGCAGUGAUUAGAUAUUCUAAGGUAUUAGUAGUUGUUACAGACCGUUUAAAAACGUUUCGAGUCAUUGAUGUGCCCAGAUGCUGGGUUCUAGUGAAAUUAUUAUAAGUGUCAUUGACAGACUGGCUAUAUCUCUAUGUAUGUGCAUAUGUAAUAAAUAUAAUAUUCAAGGUCUCUUAAAUUAGUCAAGAUAUUUAAUAGUGUGAGUCUCUUCAUGUUACAAUGUAAGUAAUGUAUAACAUACUAACUAUAAUAAUUAAUAAUUGAUACUGUCCUUUUAUGCAACUUUAGUUCUGCUAUGUUGUGAUCAGCUUUAAAUUUGAACUGGAGUAUUUGUACACAAAAAUGUUGACAUAUUUCCCACAAAGUUAUUUUUAUAAAAAUAAUUGUUAAUACGAGACAAUACAGUGUAGUUUUCAAAAAUUUCUUUCUGAUAUAAUUACGGAGUUCGCUUAAAGGUUUGGCAAGUAUUUUGGAAGGGACCAACAUCCAUGCAAUGAUUUAUAUUGAAUUGUUUUAUUUGUUUAUUACUGUAGACAAAUUUUAUAUCAAAACAGUUGUUAUCGCGAUCUAAAUGAUUAUUGCAUUUUAUUUGAACUUGUUGAAUCAGUGCCACAACUUUGUUUUUGUCUGUUAUCAAUUUACUAGGCUAUGAAUACAAGCCACUAUGAUUUAGUUAGAGCAUAUAAUAUACGGAAUCAGAGUAUCUUUUGUAUAUUUUUGAUUCAAUAUGUCAUGUAAUGACUGAACAUAUAGCAUGGAUCUCAGAAUGCAGCUAGUAGUAGUAACAUUGCCUCUAAAAGAUGCCUCGAACAUACUGUUGGUAGACAAUGAAUAUAUAGUAUUAAUUACGCGUCUUUGUUGAUGCUCAGUGUGCUAUAUUCUCAGUCACACACUGACAAAUGGUUGUUAUUGGUUUUUAAAUCUAAUGUUGCAUUCAAUUAUUUUUAGUUUUUAUUAUACAUUUAGAAAGCUGCAAUCGAAUGUAGUUCAAAGUAUUUGGAGCGAUACGCACAGGUGUAGAUUAGCUGUUGUUGUGAAAUGUCUCCUUAAGUUUAGUAUCGAUUCCCUGUUGGCCCUUGCAAGUGGCAGGCGUGUCUGAUGUAGUGUGAGACCGCCGGCCGCCUCUUUGUCCAACUAUAAGAAAGAGGUCGAGGUGCGAUGCAAUAUUUGCAUUCCAGUUUUGUGUUAAUGUAGCAGCAGAGGGUAGUAGUUGUUAAUGUUUAUUUAAUCCGCAUUGCCAAAUAUUUUGGUUGUUGUGCUAUUUAUUGAAUGAAAAUUUCUAAAAUAUCAAUUUAGUACCUUCCAUUAAUAAGUGUCUUCAAGUGAUUUUUACAAUGUUUUAAUCAUUUCAAUUUUAUGCAUUUUAUUUUAUUUAGUCAAAUCAUAUACUUGAUAUUAUACAUAAUAUUAUAUAUAAUGGUCAUUCAUAUUAUAAUUAAAUAAUUUUUUUUCUCAUUGAACUGUAGUCAAAUGACAGUAUUUUUGUAAUGAAAAUGUAUAAGGAUUGAAGGGUUUUUUGCCUAGACGAUGCGACCGUUGAAGCCCUCGUGGCACUGCGUGCGGUGCUGCGGCGGCCAAGGCGGACGCGCGUCCAGUGUGUAUUAUAUCUGAUAAGCAUUAUAUAGGUUUAGCCAAAUAGAAUUAACUCGGAGAUGAACUCCAAGUACCAAAACUUAUUGGUUCAAUGUUGUUCUCGUAUUAUGGUGAUAUAGUGCACCGCACGCGGUGCAGAGCUCAAUAUUUUUAGUAACCCUUAAGAAAAUUAAUACCUCUUUUGAAAAGAAUAUAAUAUAUAUUAUAUAGUAUAUCCAAUCGAUAAUCACAUAUGUAUUUCCCCGUUUAUUUUGAUGUGAUAUCAUAAAUGACUGAUCUGAAUUUAGUUUUUAAGUUGGUUAUUAUAUGCAGUGCUAUUUCGAGAGUGUAAUUAAGAUUUAAUAUUGAAAGUGCCAAUGCUCGUAAUUUAAUCUAUAUGAUGACUGUUCCUCUGUGUUUGUAGCUGUUUGUGAGAACUGGGUCCAGCCCCCUGGCUGCACCGAGUUAAUUACUACCUUCAUUAACGUCAGUAUAAGCCUUCUGUAAGACUUAAGUUAUCAAAUGUUACUAUAAAUGGAAUCACGUAACGUGCACAAUCUCAGUAAUGCUUGCAAUAUUAUGUAUUUAAUUCCUCACUUAUAAUUUAAUCCAGCGUAAUGUUAAGAGUACAAUAUGAGAUGAUGUUAUAUCAUUCUAGUAUCAAAAUUAGCCGAAGAUGUUUAAUAUUAUUAUUAGUUAGGUAAAAUUUUAACAUAGCUUCGUAUAAUUGGGAUGUUUUAGUAUUUAGUAGUGUAUAAUUACGGCGUAGUGGCAAGAAUAAUGUCUUGUGAGUGAAGUAAUGUUUUGUGGCAAUAAUACUCGAUGUAAGUUCCCUGCCAAGAGAGUGUACAGGGUCGCGCGCCGCCUGCGCCCGCGCCCCCACGGGCUCGCGCGUACACAACUGAACGAUAGACAUUAGAAAUUUAUUUGUUGUAAUUAUAAUAAUAAUAGCCGUAGGUAUUUUAACGUACUUAAAUAAUUAUUCUUGCGAUGCCUUAAUUCUGGUUGUCAAUUAGACACGUCUGCCUAGAGUGUUAUCAUUGUUUUUAUUUAUUUUAGUUUUUUUUUUUGCUGUUCCGGCUUCCUCCGUGAACUUCCAAGUCCAGGCUGUUUCUUCUUAAAAUGAUUUUGAGGUCGAUUUAUUUUUACCUAAGUGUUCUUAUUAAAUGUUACCAAAAUGUUUUUAAUAAAAUAUUUUUAUAUGUAUGAUGUCCUUUCA